AUGUCCGCGCACGCCCAGAUGCGUGCUAUGCUGGACCAGCUGAUGGGCACCUCCCGGGAUGGAGACACUACCCGCCAGCGAAUCAAAUUCAGUGAUGACAGAGUGUGCAAGAGUCACCUUCUCAACUGCUGCCCUCAUGAUGUUCUCUCUGGAACCAGGAUGGAUCUUGGGGAAUGCCUGAAGGUCCACGACUUGGCUUUAAGAGCAGAUUACGAAAUCGCGUCCAAAGAACAAGACUUUUUCUUUGAGCUCGAUGCAAUGGAUCAUCUGCAGUCAUUCAUCGCCGACUGCGACCGGAGAACGGAAGUGGCCAAGAAAAGACUAGCAGAGACUCAGGAAGAGAUUAGCGCCGAAGUGGCCGCUAAAGCCGAGCGCGUCCACGAACUGAAUGAGGAGAUCGGUAAGUUGCUCGCCAAAGUGGAACAGCUGGGGGCUGAAGGGAAUGUGGAGGAAUCCCAGAAAGUAAUGGACGAAGUGGAAAAGGCCCGAGCGAAGAAGAGAGAGGCCGAGGAAGUCUAUCGGAAUUCCAUGCCGGCCUCCAGCUUCCAACAGCAGAAACUUCGAGUCUGUGAAGUCUGCUCCGCUUAUCUGGGUCUUCACGACAAUGACAGGCGACUUGCCGACCAUUUCGGGGGGAAACUACACCUGGGGUUUAUCGAGAUACGAGAGAAACUUCAAGAGUUAAAGAGAGUCGUGGCCGAGAAGCAAGAAAAAAGAAACCAGGAGCGCCUGAAACGCAGAGAAGAAAGAGAGAGAGAAGAAAGGGAGAAACUGAGGCGGUCCCGGUCGCAUAGCAAGAACCCCAAACGAUCCCGGUCCCGAGAGCAUCGCAGACACCGAUCUCGCUCCACUUCACAGGAACGAAAGAGAACUAGAUCCAAGUCUCACGAGAAGCGCCACCGCCACAGGUCACGCUCCAGCAGCCACAGCCACCAGAGAAGUGGGCAUAGCUCCAGAGACCGGAGCAAAGAGAAAUCCAAAAGAAGAUCCUCAAAAGAAAGGUCUUCUGGCGAUAAAGAGCGUUUGCGAGAUCAAGACCUAGCCUCGUAUGACAAAAACAGGCGCUCGAGAGAUUGGUCACCUCGCGACAGAGAAAAAAAAGACAAGAAACGUUCCUAUGAGAGUGCUAAUGGCUGUUCGGAAGACAGGAGGAGCUCUGAAGAGCCGGAAGCUGGGGAGAUAUAACAGUCUAUAUGUUUCUUCAAUCCGUACGCCUCCUAUAGAGUUACAUACUGUUGUUUAGUUUACGGCUAUUCAAGGUGACCCAGCCAUUCCAGACACCGAUCCAACUAGGCUAGAUGUAAAGUAUCUAAAGUUUGCCUGUAACUCAAUCUGAACUGAAUCUCUUUUCCUGGAUGAAGUCUAAAGGUACAUCCAUAAUUUCUGGUGAACCCUAAUACAAUUCUGAAAGGUUACUCUGUUCACAGGUGCAGUUUUAUGUAGUAUGAUGCAAAUCUGUGUUUAAUUUUUCAGUAGAAAUUAGAGUGAAAAAAAUUGUGUUACUUGUCUUGGGUUUUCUUGAACAUUUGUAAAAUUCUUUCCUAGUCCAAAUAGCAGGAACUUUGGGAGCCUUGUUUUGAUUUCUUCCUUUGCCCUUCUGUCCUACCCUCCCACAAUAGGAUCCCAAAAUGCAAAAUGGGGAGGGAAGUAGAGGGGCCAUAAAACUUGGGUUAGAAACUUCUGUUCCCACUACUUGGUUACUACUUGGUUUCCAUUCAGAUCGUUUAUUGCAGGGGUGUGUAUUCUGGAGAAAAUGGAAAUGUUUGUUUCUUUUUCCCUUUUUUAAAAAAAAAAAAACUAUUUAGAUUUGCAAGUUACACCUGUUGCAUUACGCCUUUUGCAUUUUUAUUGAAAUUUCGAAGUCAAGCCUUGUCUUGGUUUUUCUGUUUCAUUGAAUUGCUAUGUUCAGAUUAUUGUGGGGAAUCUUUCUUAAGCAAUUCUUGCUUUUUUUUUUUCUUGUGGAGUGUAAAGGCUACACUUUUUAAUUGUAAAAAAGGUAAUAAUAAUAAUCAUAAUAAUAAAAUGAAAGCAGUAAUCAUCACCACUUCACCAUUAAACAACCUGCAUUGUUUAAAAAAAAAAAAAAAGAUGCCAGGUUGUUUCAUCUGAUAGGUUUUUUUGAAGUGGUUACUCUAACCCCAGGACUGGCUAUUGUGCAAUAAAGAGUCCAUACUUGAGGAUGCGAGGGCUUCACCAUGGGAUGUCAGUUGUAUGAUCAACAGAGGGGAAUACGGUGGAGAGGUACUGUGAAGCUAGGAAGGACAAAACUUGGCUACAUGUUGACUAUCUGGGAUGCACCAAGGUGGGGAACCUGUGCAACUAGUAGCAUGGGGAUGUCUUGAACAGGGAGAGGAUGUUGGCUGGAGGGGACAUUUUGUUUUCUUUUUGGAAGACGGGGGGGAAACGAGCAUGAAUUGCUCUUUUGGACACAGGGGAAUGGAGGAACCUGGGGCAUCUCUUUUUGGAGAAGCCUGGGGCAUCUCCAUUUGGAGAAGUCUAGUCUCUUGGGGAUGGGAGGAAAGAGGAUUGGGCUGGAAAAACAGGACUGAGAAUCAUCUUCAGCAAGGUGGCAAUGAUUGGUAUGAGAUUUGACGUCUUUCCUAAGGGCAGCCUCUUGAAGACUACGACAAGAGGACUACAAGGACUUGUGAGUUUGCCGCAUAUGCUCUCCACGCGCGAGCCCACUUUUCCUUGGAUUCUGGAUUAUUGGAGAGACAGUGUGUUAUAGAUUGGGGGGAGGGAGUCGGGGAAGAUAUUUUCAGUUGAUACUGUUCAAGUCUGCCACCAUAAUCGAAACAUCUUUGUAAAAGCUAAACAAUUGAGUCUGACUAAUAGAUACCAAUUGAUAAUCAUGGUAGGAGGGAAGAAGCACACUGCUGAGGGCUUGGGAGCUCAGCAGCCUUAGGAUGAUAUCCCUCCAUCAGCCCAA